AUGUUCUUUGCGUCGAGCCUCGUGCCGUUGACGCGCCGCGAAGCGCAAAUACCCACCUCGGCUCCGAUGAACGCCAAGCGGUGUACGAAACACUGCUUGGCGUUUCGUCGCAAGGCGCACUACCCCGUGGAUCGAUUGUUCGUGUUGCUGCCCAGUUCGGUUGCCACGCGCUAA